AUGCCGUCGCUCUUAGAAGCACUCGAGCGGAAGUAUGGUGCUAAGGGAGAGGUGAACCCUUCCAUUGACGACUUGCCUGUAGCUAUUUUUGUGCCUAAACGAUCUCCUAGACUGAGUGUGCCUACACUUCUAGUACUCAACGAUUGUGAUAUAGAUUGCGCUGGAGAGGCAACCGUAUUGGCAGAUAAGUGCGCUGAUGUUGUGGAGCUUGAUCUCGCUAACAAUAAGCUCACGGACUGGGAAGAGGUAUUUGCGAUUCUUGAGCAAGCUCCCCGAGUGAGGUUCCUAAACUUAAGCUUCAAUCGGCUGUCGGCUCAAAUUCAAGCGGCCCAGGCUCUUCAUCCACGUUGGGAUAGUCUGAGCAAUCUCGUCUUGAACUCUACUUAUGUUGGAUGGCCCAGUAUACAUGGUCUGUUGAAAUCUCUACCGACUCUUGAAGAGCUGCACUUGAGCCUCAAUGAGUAUUCGUACGUGGACCUUACUGGGAAGGAGGUAAAUGAAAAGGACCGGUGCGAGGAAUGUUCGCGCUUGAGAUGUGAUCAGACUCAACCAGUUCAUCAACAGUUGAAGAAACUCCACUUCUCAGGAAACCCUGUCAGUAGCUGGAUAGAAAUUUCAAAAUUCGGAUAUGCCUUCCCUAACUUGGAGACGCUUCUAGUUAAUGACUGCAAUUUAACAACGUUAGCGCCCGAUCCCUGUGACAAAUGUGACGAUAGCAAUGGGAAUAAGAAAAGUCACGAUGGCUUCCCCCGACUUCGUUUCCUGAAUCUUAAUAACACUGGACUGGCCACGUGGGAUGAAGUGGACAGGCUUGCCAAAUUUCCAGCGUUAAGAAGUUUGAGAGUGCAGGGUUGGCCCCUCUGGGAGCGUGUAGAAUCAACAGAGCACGAACGACGAUUACUUCUAGUAGCGAGGCUGCCUCACGUAAGAACCUUAAAUGGUGGUGGUGCUGUUCCACCAGAGGAGAGAGAUGCGGCGGAAAGAGCCUUCAUCAGAUAUUACAUGGAGAAACCGGAGGCUGACAGACCGGAUCGAUACUGGGAGUUAGUGGGAGUUCACGGUAAGCUGGACCCGCUGGUUUCCGUUGACCUGAGACCAGAAAAGCGAGUGCAAAUUACCUUUACGUGUGGAGACACCAGCGAAGUUAGGACCGUUGAUGUUUACAGAACUGUAGCAGAUUUAAAAACGCGAUUGGAGCGUUUGGCUGGAUUUCCCGCAUCCAAGAUGAGAUUGUUUUACGUGGACCAAGAGCUGAGGGACUCACAGGGUCCGGAAGAAAUGAAAUAUCCGACGAAACAGCUAUAUUCGUACAACAUGUCUUCAGGGGACGAAAUAAUAAUAGACUCAAAAUUCAAGCACUCUAUAUCAGCUAACUCUACUGCGUGA